GCCGUGCUCGUGAGUUAGGCCGGCGAGCUUCUGUCUCUACCGCCUCUUCGGUGGCGUUACCUCCCGUUGCUACGCUGCAGUGCUUCGCUCUUCACCUCUCUGUUGUUCCGCUCUUUUUUGGGGGGGCUUUUUGCACAGCCCCUGGCUUCGCCUCACCCACCUUUCUCGCACACUUCCACUCGCGGAUGCCUCAGCCUCAGCCUCGCCCGGCGGCAAGCAUCCAGCAGCAAAUGGUCGCUCCAUCCUCUAAAACUCCUACUGGACUCCGUUAACACACCGCUCUGAUCCGAGCACAUUGCGGAUUGACUUUGAAAGAGGCGGCAGCGGCGGAAAGGAGUGGGGAUAGCAGUCGCGGAAAUAGCCCAGGAUCUAUUUCGGAGCGAUGCCGGUGCCGGAGCAGCCCGCGGAGCAGGAGAAGGGGGCCAUGGUCGCCCCGGUGAUGCCGACCUCCAACGGGGACGGGUCAGAGACGGAGACCACCUCCUCCAUCCUCGCAUCCGUCAAGGAGCAGGGCAUUCAGAGAGACAGGCGAGAGAGCGAUGGAGAGAGAGACGUGACGUCAACAAAGGGAGAGAGAUGCGUUGUGGGAGUUGAGUCAGGGCUGUAGAAGGAGCUGUCUUCAGCCGAUGAGCAGUUUCGCUGGAACACACAAGCAGAUGGACAGAAGGACAUAGAGGAUGAGUUGACCACCGGCUUGGAGCUGGUGGACUCCUGCAUCCGAUCCCUUCAGGAAUCGGGAAUACUCGACAACGAAAAACGACCAGCUCUGCUUUCCCAGAGUUCCUUGCAGCUCAACUCCACCCCGGAGGCUUCGCUUCAGUACUCUGCCAGCUACCAUAGCAACCAGACCCUCGCCCUUAGUGACGGCAUCUCCGCGGCAAUCCCUCCACGCAGCGGGCAGUACGGGGGCGCCGUUCACAGCUACAACCAGGUGACAUCCAAUCGCGUGGCUCAGCAGCAGCAGCAACAUCAAAGCGGGGCGGGGCCAGGAAUCUACUACUCCAGCUCCACCUUACCCAGCCAGCGUGUGAGCUCCCCACUGUCGGCAGGGGGCGGCGGCGGCGGCGGCGGCGGGGGCGGAGGAGGGGGGCCGGGGUCCCCCAGCAAGCUGCAGAGGCUGGGCUCUUCCUCGGACGCUCCGGGCUACGCCACCACCCAGCGCCUGCCUUCCUCCUCCUCCUCCUCUUCCUCGCCCAGCAAACAGUCCCCCGUCGGCCGCCUGGCCAAGUCCUACAGCACCAACAUCGCCGUGACGACAGCGGGAGGGGGCGUGUCCCCUCAUAGAGUGGCUUCUCCACCCAGCUCCGCUGGAGGGGGAGGGGCUAGUGCAUCAUCAUCCCCCCUCCACCAGAUGAGUUCAGGCAUAGGGAGUUAUGCCACACUGUCUCCCAAACGCCUGGCCGCCCACCACGCCUCCGACCAGUACAAGAUCUCCCACGAGCUCUACGCCACCGCCACACUGCAGCGCCCCGGGAGCCUGGCAGGGUCCCGGGGCUCCUACAGCAGCCAGCACAGCCAGGAGCCCCUCCGGCCCCUGGGCUCCCCGGAGCACCACAUAGACCCCAUCUAUGAGGAGCGCGUCUACCACAACAAGGGCCCGAUGAGAAGCCUGAGCCAGAGCCAGGGGCCCGACGGGGGCCCCUACCGCAACAACACCGCUCCCUCCUCUCCCGGUGUUGACUCCGCCCCCUUGCAGCGCACAGGAAGUCACGGCGCCGCCACCACCGGCAACUACGGCCGCGGGGGCGGGGCCAACACCUACGCCACCGUGGGGCCGGGCUACACCUCCGGCGUGGGCGUGGGCAGCGUCGGGGACAUGUAUGGAUCGGACCCCUAUGUGGCGGACCCCUACCGGACCCUUCAAUACUGCCCCUCGGUGGUGGAGUCCCCCUACAGCAAGUCUGGCCCCGCACUGCCCCCCGAAAGCGGCAUGCAGCGCUCGCCCUCCAUCGACUCCAUCCAGAAGGACCCCCGAAACGUGAGUUCGGCUGGCGAGGAGGCGAGGAGGAGGAUGAGGGAGUGCGAGGGACUGACGGACGCCCUGCUCUUCGUCAUCCAGACCGCCCUGGGCAGCAACGAGAUCGACAGCAAGACCAUCGAGAACUGUGUGUGCAUCCUGAGGAACCUGUCGUACCGCCUGGCCGCCGAGACGUCCCACGGCCAGCAGGGGGGGCUGGAGGAGCUGGAUGGCCUGCUGUGCGACGCCAACGGCCGCGACGGAGAGAGCUCAGGCUGCUGGGGCAAGAAGAAGAAGAAAAAGAGGGGCGCCGACCAGUGGGACGGCGUGGGACCCUUCCCCGACGCCACCGAUCCCCCCAAGGGCGUGCAGAUGCUGUGGCACCCGACCAUCGUCAAGCCCUACCUCACCCUGCUGUCGGAGUGCUCCAACCCGGACACGCUGGAGGGCGCGGCCGGGGCGCUGCAGAACCUGGCCGCCGGCAGCUGGAAGUGGUCGGUGUACAUCCGCGCGGCGGUGCGUAAGGAGAAGGGCCUUCCCAUCCUGGUGGAGCUGCUGAGGAUCGACAACGACCGGGUGGUGUGCGCCGUGGCCACCGCCCUGCGUAACAUGGCCCUGGACGUCCGAAACAAGGAGCUCAUCGGUAAAUACGCCAUGCGGGAUCUGAUCCACCGCCUGCCCGGCAGCAUCAACAACGGCAGCGGCACCACCACCAGCGGGGGCACGUCGGGGGUCUCCGGGGCGUCCAGCAAGAUCAUGUCUGACGACACGGUGACGGCGGUGUGCUGUGCGCUGCACGAGGUCAUCACCAAGAACAUGGAGAACGCCAAGGCCCUGAGGGACGCCGGCGGCAUCGAGAAGCUCAUCGGCAUCGCCCGCAGCAAGGGGGACAAACAUUCUCCCAAGGUGGUGAAGGCCGCCUCCCAGGUGCUGAGCAGCAUGUGGCAGUACCGAGACCUACGCUCCCUCUACAAGAAGGACGGCUUCUCCCAGUAUCACUUUGUGGGCUCUGCCUCCACGAUAGAGAGAGAUCGACAGAGACCCUACUCGUCUUCAAGGACCCCCUCCGUCUCUCCGGUCAGGAACUCCCCCAACAACCGCUCCGCGAGCGCCCCAGCCUCCCCGCGAGAGAUGAUGAGUUUGAAGGAACGCAAGAUGGAUUACGACUCCACGGCAACCAACGCUGGUUUCCAUAGCAACAAAGGAGAACACACAUCCCGCAAAGACACCAUGGCAGGUGGGUUGUCUUGUGGCGCCUCUACAUUAUUCCGCAACUCUUACUUGACUGCCAGCGAUGAAAUCAAACAAAAUCAGGUCCCAGCCCAGCCCUGUGUCGGCCUGCCGCUCUCCGUGCAGGACGUCCCGCCGGCGGCCCUACUAAAAGACUACGACCCCUACCCUCCCCCUCCCUCCUUCCCCCAGCCGCAGCCCCCGCUGCCGCAGGCCGGCCCCCACCACCAGCUGCACCACGGCCUGGGCCGCAGCCUGGACGACGGCGGCGGCUGCUACUACGAGGAGACGCAGCAGCAGCAGGGCGUCGGCCCCCCGCAGCCCCCCCCCCAGGCGCCGGCCCAGCCCCAGCAGCAGCCCCUGCCGCCCCCGGGGGCCGCCGCCGCCGCCGCCAGCGGACCCCCGCGGGACCCCCGGGAGGACCUGCGCAUGCACCUGGGCCUCAAGUCCACCGGCAACUACGUGGACUUCUAUUCGGCGUCGCGGCCGUACAGCGAACUGAACUACGAGACCAGCCACUACCCGGCCUCCCCCGACUCCUGGGUCUGA